CAUGUAAUCUGCGCAGAACACAUUCUCGCGUUUUCGUUGGGACUCUGGGAACUAUGGAUAUUAAUGACGCUGUAAGACUGGUGAGGAGUUCAACAUGGCGGACAUCGAGGACGAAGUUGAGGAGGAAUCUGAAUCAGUCCAAGCAGAAGCAGGAGGCAAAAGAAAAAGACUGUUUCAUAAAGAAUUGAGAUGUAUGAUGUUUGGUUUUGGUGAUGAUCAAGUGCCAUUCACAGAAUCUGUAGAUUUACUUGAGGAUCUUGUUGUGGAAUACAUCACAGAAAUGACACUUAAGGCCAUGGAAGUUGGUAAAAGGGGAAAGGUGCAUGUGGAGGAUAUUGUCUUUUUGAUCAGAAAGGAUCCCAAGAAAUAUGCCAGAGUCAAGGACCUCUUGACAAUGAAUGAAGAACUGAAGAAAGCAAGAAAAGCCUUUGAUGCUGAAAGUUAUGGGGAAAUGGUGUAAACCUUUGUGAUGUGAAGUUUAUAGAUAAAAUCAUCAUUUAACUGAAUUGAUGGACUUGGCAGUUAAAUGUAUUUUCAUGUUUGGUUAAAUGAUUAAUGCCUGCUGGAAAACAUGUGUUCAUUUUCCGAGUUCUAUUAGCCCAUAACCAGUCCCUCUUUCUUGAGGUAAUCUGCUGGGUGAGUCAAGCAUGAAAUCUGCAGUAAAGAGUCCAAUUGAAAUGAAACACAUGUCCACUCCGUUUGUUUCACAAUGUGUCAAGAACUGCAUGAGGAAAAUUCUUUCUCAAGUUAAGAUGUUUGAUUUCUAGCAAAACUGAACUACUUCAUUUUAACCCAUGCGUGUAGAACAGUCCUACACAGAAAUUUUCUCUGAAUGGUCUGCAAUUAGGCUAUGCAAGAUUGACUUGGAGUAGUUUUCAGACCUACCAAAUUCCAUCCCUUUCCUUACAUUGUAGUGACCAUCAAUACCCACAACAGAAUUAAGGGAAUAGCAGUACACAUAGUUAAUGGAGCCAGUUGUUAUCCUAUUUUAUUUUAAAAAGUUUCUGCAAGUUGUACAGUUAUUAAGCUCAGGUCAUGUGAUUUAGAGUUCAGUAAGUCAUUUUUAUAUACACUGUAAAAUACUAUUAAUAUUCAAAACAAUAAAUAUAUAUGUGUACAAGGUUUA